GGCGUGAUCCUGUUGCUGGCCUAGCGGAUGGUAAGGUUACGGCUGGGUUCAGGGUGUGCAUUGACUCGUAUUUGGCCGAGCAGCGAUUAGUUAUCUUCUCUAUCUCUCUCAUCACAAAAGGGGAGAACUCGACUCUGUCCAGUGGCCCAUGGGUGAUAAAUACAUGAGUCGACACCGGUUGAUAUCUCCAGUCUCUAAGCCUGCUCUCUCAGCUUUAACGUCUUGACUCCUUUUCACAAAUCAUCACCAUGGCUUCAAACAAUGCAGACGAUAUUGCCGAGAAGGCCACUGGAGCCAAGCUUCAACAGAGUCCAAGUGCAACUUCUUACCGUCUCGGCGAUCACAAGCCAGUCGAGGACAGUGCUGUCCGCGAUUUCUACGGGAGUGCUGUCAACGAGUCGUACCGGUUGAAGUCUGAACUUGUUGCCCGCCAUCUCUCAGAGAUUGGCACUGGAAAAUUCCAGUGGAUUCUCUUCGUCGUCAACGGCUGCGGUUGGAUGGUCGAUAACUUCUGGUCCCAAGGCAUCACCGCCGUUCGCCCCCCGAUCAUGAACGAAUUCGACGAUGUAACUCGAAUCAGCUUCAGUUCAGUGGCUUACUACGUUGGACUUAUUGUUGGAGCUUUCUUUUGGGGUCUCCUCCUGCUCGCUCUCUUGUCAUGGGUAUACCUAACCCAGUCCAAGGCAUUAGCGGAAUGCGUUGCUGUCAACACCCAAUCUAUCUUCUGACCCAUUAGCCAUUCUGUCAAUUCCGAUAGAGUGACGUCAUAUUCAUCAUCAGACGCGAAUUGAACAGCCAUAACAAGCGGUCCCAACAUGUGUUUAUCCAGCACCUCUGGUAUUCGGCCAGGAAGAAAUUCCCAAGGCCAUUGGCCGCAUGCCUUGUGAAUUUGACGCAGUUGUUUGCAGACUGCCCGAGAACUGCGAUUAUAAGGCUCAGGGAUAGCAAUUCUAUGAGAUGUAGAAGGGCCAGGGGGUGCCCUUGGGCAUGGGUUGGCCAUGUUGAACUUGACCGCCGAUGAGGGUGACCUGCCUGACGUGAGCGGGGUGGAAAAGUGUCUUGUCUUAUCUUAUCUUAUCACCCGGCGGAUCUUAAUUCCGGCCCAGUCUUUCCAGAGUAUCUUCAAG